AUGUCGUCUCCAACGAACAGUCCGUCUCAACAAACCUUACAGGCCAUGAUGAAGGAGCGUCAUAUCAGUGACGCUGAUGCGCUGGAUACAGCAACAACACUUUUACAGGAAGGUCCCGUUCUCGAGAACUUUUUCAACUCGACGGCUAGUCAACUUACCUUCUAUGGGCUGGUCAAGCUGCAAGAAGGUCUUCGAGAACGUCAACUUUGUGUUUUCUUUCGCAACAAUCACUUUUCCACUCUUUUCAAGUUUGACGGAGCACUGUACCUGUUGGUCACCGAUGCUGGGUACCUUGACGAGCCCACGGUAGUGUGGGAGCUACUGAACGAAAUUGACGGUGACACUGAGUAUCUAGAUGCUCAGUUUCGGCCCGUAACGUCUUCCGAGCAACAGAAGAACAUUCUCACGCAGCAGCAGCAGCAGCGGGAGAAGGAGAAAGAGGAAGAGCAGGCAUUACAAAAUGCUCAGGCCCUGAGUUUUACUGGCUGUGUUUCUCUAAACAAUGCGAAGCAAAAGGUAACCAGCGAAUUUGACACUCAAGCUACUGAGCUCACGAUACCGAGUGGUGGGCUAUUCGGAGAAUCUGCUGAGCAAAGUGAGAACAACCUCGAUCCCGACUAUCUGCUAGCGCUGAAGUUUCAGCAGGAAGAAGAGGAACUAGCGCGCGGGAAAAAGCUUGUACAGCCUCGAAACCUACAGCCUAUUGUGGCCGACGCCAAUGGUAGCAAUGCUGCAAAAACAGCCCAAACUGGAAAUAGUAAAGCAGAAGAGAACGUCAAGCAAAACGAUAGCAGAAAGCAAUACGAUGGUCGCACGUUUGAGACGAGUGCGAACGAGUUCGUCCCUGUCGCUGCUGAUGGGCAGAUGAUGAUUUCGGACGAAGAGUUGGAGGCCCAGCGACAGGCGGAGCGAUAUUAUCAGGAGCAAAAGCGGCAGAUCGAUGCGCAGACGCGUCAGUACCGGCAGGAGCAAGAGCAAAUACAACAACAAUUGCAGCCGCAACAACAAAUUCGCAGGGGUCAACGACGAAAGUCUGCGGAAGGCAGUGACUGCACGAUAUCGUGA